AUGGCUGCCAAGACCAAGACCGACAUCCACCUGUACACCACCGGCACCCCCAACGGUAUCAAGGUGUCCAUCCUCCUGGAGGAACUCGGCCUGGACUACCAGGUCACCUCCAUUGACAUUUCCAAGAACACCCAAAAGGAGCCGUGGUUCCUUGAGAUCAACCCCAAUGGACGUAUUCCGGCCUUGACCGAUACGUUCGAGGAUGGCAAGCCUAUCCGUCUCUUCGAGUCCGGCAGCAUUCUGCAGUACUUGAUCGACCGCUACGACAAGGACCACAAGGUUUCUUACCCCUACGGUUCUCGCGAGUACUGGGAGGUGAACAACUGGCUGCACUGGCAGAUGGGUGGCCUGGGCCCCAUGCAGGGACAAGCCAACCACUUCAAGCGCUACGCCCCGGAGAAGAUCCAGUACGGCAUCGACCGUUAUGUCAACGAGACGCGCCGCCUGUACCGCACGAUGGACACCCAGAUCAAGACCAACACCCACGGCUACCUCGUCGGCGACCGUGUGACCAUUGCCGACAUUGCCUGCUGGGGCUGGGUCGCGGCCAGCAAGUGGGCGGGCAUCGACCUGGAAGAAUUCCCCGCGCUCAAGGCUUGGCUGUGGAAGCUUGCCGAGCGACCUGGCUUCGAACAGGGCCGUCACAUUCCCACUCGCCACACCGCUCUGGACCAUUACAGCAUGAGUGAUGAGGAGCUGGAUGCGAAAGCUAAGGCUGCAUCCGCGUGGAUCCUCAAGGGCAUGCAGGAGGAUGCGGCGAAGAAAUGA